AUGGCUGGUUCUGUUCUUCUUGUAUCUUUACUCCUGAUUUCUUGUUUUGAAGCAAGCUGCCAUGGUGCAACCUUAUCUUCUCUUCAGAAAACUCUGAUUGUCACUGCUUCACCCAAAAAGGGACAAGAUCUGAAAGCUGGGGAAGACAUUAUAACUGUGACCUGGUCAUUCAACACUUCAUUUCCAGCCAGGACAGAUUCAGCCUAUAAGACAGUGCAGGUGAAGCUUUGCUAUGCACCCAUCAGCCAACUGGACAGGGCCUGGAGAAAAACAGACGAUAAUUUAGUCAAGGACAAAACCUGCCAACACAAGAUUGCUGCAAAGCCAUACAGUCCCUCAAACAACAAUUUCACAUGGACAGUGCAGAGGGAUGUGCCAACUGGUACAUACUUCGUCCGGGCAUAUGCUUAUAACUCUGCAGACGAAGAGGUAGCCUACGGCCAGACCACAGACACUCACAAGACUACCAAUUUGUUCCAAGUCGAGGCAAUCAGCGGACGUCAUGUCUCACUAGAUAUUGCCUCAAUUUGCUUCUCGGCUUUUGCAGUUGUGUCUUUGUUCGGGUUCUUCUUCUUGGAGAAGAGAAAAACCAAAAACUCCCAAGAAAAGUGA